GCCAUUCACCUCCCCUUACCUAUCUCUGUUUCUUCUCCAAACAAGGUAGAUUUUAAUUGUUACCUCAUCCUACCUUCACCUCCCUCCCUCCAAACACAACAUUAGACUUUACUAAUUUUUACGGUGCCCGUUAGAGUUGCUCUAAGGCCCACCAAUUAAGAGCAAUGGGCUAUUCUACAUGUAAAUUUCCUACAGAGGAAGCUGUCAUACCCUAUUUACGGAGUCCUUCACUGUCGGCGAAGGGAAAGAGUUCGAUCGCCAUCUCCGCCAAGUGCCGGCACCGUCGUCGUCUCCUUCCGUUUGAAGAUCUUGUCCCCAACGACUCCGACCAGCGAAUCUUGGCUCCAAGGUACGAUCGAAACUCUUCCUCACGAACUUGAAUAAACUCUCUUAUUUCACUCAGUUUCUCUCGUUCCUACUAAUUCUAGGAAUAUGUAGGGAUUGAACUCCCUAAUUAGGUUAAAUUCCGGGUUUCAUAGAAAUUAAAUUUCGAGAUUUUAUUCUUCCCUUUUUUUUUCGAUACACAUUUUCAAGAUUUUAGCUCUUGGGUUUGAAGAGUGAUAAGAGACUUGGUAUUUAGCGACUUAGUUUUCCCUUUUUUUUUCAAAAAUAUUGGUAGCAACUCAUUCUUAAAAAUACAAAUCUUCCAACCAGAUUGUCCGGAUAAAAGUGCCCUUACACAACUUCCCAACAUAUACCAAAUUUGGUUUAAAACUGUGAGGCUCCUAAAUUAGAAUUCCAAAAAUAGUAGUAAUGUAAGGGACUAUCAUAAACAAUUUAAAAGUAUAAGGUAUUAUUCUCACUCACCUUGCUUGGUUUGGCCUAGAAUAAGAGUUAUGUUUAUUGAUUUCUUCCCUUUCUCUCUGGCAGAGAUGAAAUGAGGUGCACAAAAGCCUUGAGUAGUUGCUAUUAUUGAUGUGUGUAGAGAAUGGCUCCUAAAAGUUUGGCUAUUUGCUGGUUUGUGAGUAAAAGGGCAGCUACGAGAUUGA